UUACAUCUUAGCAGUUACAUGUAUCAUUGUCAGUAACUAUCGGAUUAUUACAUAACCUGGAUUAUUCCGAAUUAUUUAAAAAAAUAUAUCACUAAAAAGCAUUUUUGGUAUUAUGUGAAAGUGUUUUGGUGUGUUUUAACUCACGCUGGCAAAUAAAGCCACUUUUCUACCAGGAUUAUUCAUUUACCUGCACUAGAAACCUGAGACAAACCCAGCCACAGUUCCAUACAAAAGAAGGUGGAAAACCGUAAACUUUUCACAUUAGAUGAUGUCACUUGAGAUUUAUGAAUUCCCUUUUAUGACACUGUAAAUCAGAUUGUGUUUAUUCAUUAACUGCAGGGAACAAAACUUGUUUGUGAGUGGCUGGAACGUGGUGUGAUUAAAGGAAUGAAUCCUUUAUAAAGAGAAAGAGAAGCAGAGGCAGGACAUAACACUGAGGUGAGAACACCUGGAGAACAACUGGGAAAGACCAACAGCUUUUUUCAAAACAUCAACAUGAAGACCAUCCUUUCACUCGCUCUUCUCUUGACCGCUCUCUGCCUGGUCUCUGAGGCUGUCCAAGUCCAGGAUGGAGAAUAUUCCUUCUCAUCUGAAUCGGUGAAGGUUCUUCAGCACCUGAUGGACAGCGGCGCUGUCCCCAAGCAGCAGAAUCCUCGCCUAGUCAAGACCAGCUACAGUGCAGUUUGUGGAAACCCAACGCUGCCUCAGGAGUUUACAGGGCUCUGUCAUAAAAGUGGCUCUGCCCUGGUCUUCUCCAGGCUAGCUGCAGUGCCUAUGGAUGUGUGUGAAAUCUGUGCUUUCGCUGCCUGUACUGGUUGCUAGACAUCAUUACUACUUGUAAAGGAAUGUCUUUUUCCAUGCACACAAGUGGUAACAGACUGUUUUGGAACUGUUACAUGUUUAAAAGCACAUGUGUAAUGCCUCUUAGUCUGAAAAUUUGAUAAACUGGUAUUUUUUUUUUAUUUGUUACAGCAUGUUUAUUUAUCGAUUUGAUGUAGUCCUAUUGUUCAAUUUCUGUUUCUCUGUGUCUUGUGGUUGCAUAGUCUUAUGUUCAUCAGUGCCUUAAAUGUGCACUAAAACACUUUCUGAAGUAUCAUGUCUUGAAGCUGUUCUUGUAAGGGUGACGAAUAUAGUUAAUAUCAAUUAAUAUUAUACAAAUGCUUCCAUUGAGCUAACAUGAUUUCUUCACAAUCUGUGUUACCUGUGUAAUAAUAAUUGUAAUUUCCAAACACAAUCAUACUUUUCAUUGGGGAAAAGAAAUAAUAAUAAUAAAUAAUAAAUAAUAAUAAAUGG